CCCGGAGCAUCCCGGCUGAAACAGUGUGAUGAGACAUGAAAGGAACAGGAGCGCGAGUUGAAGUGCCUUUCAGCAAAAUAAGUUUGCCAAAAUGUAUAUAUUGCCUCUGGAAUAAUGUCAUUUAAUAUAAAGACAGGUGAUGGAUCCUCAGCUGGGAAGUGACCUGAGCCAGCAUUGAGCAGUGACCUCCUCUCCCUUCUUGUAAAGGCACCACCCAUGCCACAGUUCCACCAUGCAGUACGGCCAGAUCCUUCACAGGUGUGGCCCGGACGAUAGCUUCCUCAACCUGAACGUGGGUGGUUUUAAGCAGCGCGUGGAGCGCAGCAUCCUGCAGCGCUUCCCCAGGACCCGCCUGGGACGCCUGCUGUACUGCGUCUCCGAGGAGGCCAUCCUGGAGCUCUGCGACGACUUCAGCCCCACCGACAGGGAAUACUACUUUGACCGCAACCCGUGCUUCUUCCGCAAUGUCCUCAACUUCUACCACACGGGCAAGAUCCACCUGAUGGAGGAGCUGUGCGUCUUCUCCUUCAGCCAGGAGAUUGAGUACUGGGGCAUCAAGGAGCUCCACCUGGACUCCUGCUGCAGCAACAAGUUUCAGGAGCAGAGACAGUUUGCAGAGGACAAGGACUGGGACCGGAGGAGCGGUGAGCAGCAGCAGCAGUUUGGGAGCAUUGAUUCGUCCAUGGAGGAGCUCUCAACUAUGGACAAGGACCUGGAGAAGUUCGAGGGUACCUGGUGCUCGGAGGUCCGCAAGAACAUCUGGCUGCAUCUGGAGAACCCGGGCUACUCAUGUUUGGCCAAGGGGAUCGCCGUGGCCUCGCUGGCUGUGGUGCUAACCUCCAUCGUGGCCAUGUGCGUCCACAGCAUGCCCGAGUUCCACCAGGUAGACCUCAACGAGAAGGAGAUUGAAGACCCGGUGCUGGCCAUUUUCGAGGCUGUGUGCGUCAUCUGCUUCUCUGUGGAGUUCCUGGUGCGGCUGGCAGUGGCUCCGUGCGCCCGUAAUUUCAUGAGCAACGCUCUCAACAUCAUUGACUUUGUUUCCAUCGUUCCCUUCUACGCCACACUGGCCUUUGAGACAGUGGAUGAGGAGAACGAGGAACUGGAGAACGUGGGCAAGGUGGUUCAGAUCCUGCGACUGAUGCGAAUCUUCCGCAUCCUCAAGCUGGCGCGUCACUCGGUGGGACUACGCUCACUGGGUGCCACGCUAAGGCACAGCUACCACGAGGUGGGCCUCCUGAUUCUCUUUCUCUCUGUGGGUAUCUCAAUUUUCUCUGCGCUCAUCUACUUUGUGGAGAAGGAGUCAGAAGAGUCGGACAUAACGACCAUCCCCGUAGGCUGGUGGUGGGCCACUAUUAGCAUGACAACAGUGGGCUACGGCGACACCUGCCCGGUGACAGUUGUAGGGAAGCUGGUGGCCACCAUAUGCAUCGUCUGUGGGAUACUAGUGGUGGCCCUGCCCAUCACCAUUAUCUUCAACAAAUUCUCCAUGUACUACCAGAGGCAAAAGGCUAUGGAUGCCAAUCAGAGCAAUAAUGAAACCGACCAAUGCAAUAAUAACGAUAUUAAAAUCCCCAACCCCAGUCUAACAUACUUUAAUGUCGGCAACCAGUACACCUUAAAGAUGAACUCAUUCAUCACCAAUAUCUCUGUCAGGAGCAGCGUCGGCAGUGAUGAGGACACGGACGCAUCGAGCAUCCAGGGUGGCGAGACGACUUGUAUCCUGAGGGGCACUUGAGAGCUUAAUUUACUAGACUUCAACCUUUUUUUACUCAUUGAGGAGCAUUACUGUAGGUCAUCCACAAAUUAUCUUGUUAUUUUUUUUGUUCCUUCCAUGAGAAGUUCCAUCUCUGCAUUAUACAGAUCUUCUCCGGGUGUUCCUUAGUCUCCCACGAUUUCCUUUGUCUUGUGGGUUCCAUGUCGGGGACUGGAACAGUGGAUGCUGUCUUUCUUACAGUGUGGCCACAGUUGAGAGCAGGGAGGGGAAAUAGGGCCACCCUGUUUUCACCCGAGGCUUCUUAAAAUACGCUGGACAUGGCAAUAAGCACUUUAUGGUUCUCAGGGUGAAAGUGAGCUGUAUCUCUCCACGCUCUCCUCCUUAGAGACUAUGAUCCAUUAGGCCUAAGAAUUGGCCUGUUUUUCAUCCAUGACUUGAGAACCUAUUUUGAAGUUGAGCAGUUUCUGUUAACAUGUUUUUUUUUUUAAAUCAAUGUUUUUUUUUUCCCGUCCAAUCAUAUGGAACGAAACAGACAUUGUUUGAAACAACCCACUGGGCACACCAUGUCAUUUCAACGUGGAUAAUUAGGUCAUAUUUGGUUGAGACGUUGAUCAAUGAGAUUACAAGCUAUAUUCACCCACUCAAAAAGACAGACAAAAAAUGUGUUGCAUUUCCAAUGUGUGUUAGCACUAUGCUUUUAACCAUCUACAUUCACAACCAAUGUAUGGUUUUUCAUUUAUUUUUCACCCAAAUGUUUAUCUCUGCGCUUUCAACCAUUUAAAAGCACAGCAAAGUUAAAAUGGGAAUACAAUGUCAGAUAUUUUGUUUAUUUCUACAUCAGAUUAAUGUGUUAUCACUGUGCUUCGUCUAAUAGCAGAACCAAACAACCUGGAUUGCAUGGUGAUCAAUGGCGUUUGAGAUUCUGACAGAUUAUUACAGCAAUGUGAAGAUCUCCACUGACCUGCGGUGACCCUUGCAUGCUGUCUUGAACAUGCACGCUUUAUAUGAUCACAUAAGAAGACAAUUAUAUUUACAGUAACCUCAAAAUGUGGCCAUGGAUGUGUUACUCAUUUUAAGGAUGAAUGUUACAUUAGUUUGUAAAACAGCCUUAAUUUGAGGCUAUUUGCUGUUUUACAAAAUGUAAUAUUAAAUUGUGUUUGGUUGACAACGCAAACAAAUAUCAACAUUUGAAGGACAUGUAUCUCAAAUCCAAUGUUAUUUGUCACAUGCGCCAAAUACAACAGGUGAAAUGCCUUUCACCUUACAGUGAAAUACUUACAAGUCCUUAACACUUAUUUUUCUUAAAAUUGCAUUGUUGGUUAAGUAAAAAAAUAGAUAAGUAAAAAAAUAAUCCACUGCUGAUGGCUCUAUCUGAGCUACUGGUUUAGUCUGGUUUUAAUUCCAGGUUGUUAGUCUGGCUUUAAUUCCAGGUUGUUAGUCUGGCUUUAAUUCCAGUUUGUUAGUCUGGCUUUAAUUCCAGUUUGUUAGUCUGGCUUUAAUUCCAGUUUGUUAGUCUGGUUUUAAUUCCAGUUUGUUAGUCUGGCUUUAAUUCCAGUUUGUUAGUCUGGCUUUAAUUCCAGUUUGUUAGUCUGGCUUUAAUUCCAGUUUGUUAGUCUGGCUUUAAUUCCAGUUUGUUAGUCUGGCUUUAAUUCCAGUUUGUUAGUCUGGUUUUAAUUCCAGUUUGUUAGUCUGGCUUUAAUUCCAGUUUGUUAGUCUGGCUUUAAUUCCAGUUUGUUAGUCUGGCUUUAAUUCCAGUUUGUUAGUCUGACUUUAAUUCCAGUUUGUUAGUCUGGCUUUAAUUCCAGUUUGUUAGUCUGGUUUUAAUUCCAGUUUGUUAGUCUGGCUUUAAUUCCAGUUUGUUAGUCUGGCUUUAAUUCCAGUUUGUUAGUCUGACUUUAAUUCCAGUUUGUUAGUCUGUCUUUAAUUCCAGUUUGUUAGUCUGGUUUUAAUUCCAGUUUGUUAGUCUGGCUUUAAUUCCAGUUUGUUAGUCUGGCUUUAAUUCCAGUUUGUUAGUCUGGCUUUAAUUCCAGUUUGUUAGUCUGGCUUUAAUUCCAGUUUGUUAGUCUGGCUUUAAUUCCAGUUUGUUAGUCUGGCUUUAAUUCCAGUUUGUUAGUCUGGCUUUAAUUCCAGUUUGUUAGUCUGGCUUUAAUUCCAGUUUGUUAGUCUGUCUUUAAUUCCAGUUUGUUAGUCUGGCUUUAAUUCCAGUUUGUUAGUCUGGUUUUAAUUCCAGUUUGUUAGUCUGGCUUUAAUUCCAGUUUGUUAGUCUGGCUUUAAUUCCAGUUUGUCUACAAAUGAAUAAUGGAUAUGUUGGAUUCUUGUCUCCAUCUCAACCAA